UAUAGGGUAUGGGCAGGGGUUGGUGGCUGGAGGGUCAAGAUCCUGCAGAAGAUUGGGCUAUCCAAACUCUGCAGCCCCCAGUAGUUUAUACUGCCCCUUCAGUAAGCUACUGGAACCUCUCACUACUUCGUCACCUGUUUCAAACCCUCCCCUUUUGCUAUUGACUCAUAGUCUAGUCCAGGGAUUCAUUUGAUACAUCACAGUUGAACAAAUGUAUGAAAGUUCCCUGCCAAUCAUUGAGAAUUUCUUCAUUGGGACAUUUUUUUCCUGCUUACUGAAUAACUUGUUUAGAAGUUCCGUUUUUGGUGCCAUGUUCUGUGGCUCGCAUCAAAAGAGGAGUUUGUCUUCAUGAAGAUUCCUAACAUUGGUAAUGUGAUGAAUAAAUUUGAGAUCCUUGGGGUUGUCGGUGAAGGAGCCUAUGGAGUUGUACUUAAAUGCAGACACAAGGAAACACAUGAAAUUGUGGCAAUCAAGAAAUUCAAGGACAGUGAAGAAAAUGAAGAAGUCAAAGAAACUACUUUACGAGAGCUUAAAAUGCUUCGCACUCUCAAGCAGGAGAACAUUGUGGAGCUGAAGGAAGCUUUUCGUCGGAGAGGGAAAUUAUACCUGGUGUUUGAAUAUGUUGAGAAAAAUAUGCUUGAAUUGCUGGAAGAAAUGCCAAAUGGAGUUCCACCUGAAAAAGUUAAAAGCUAUAUCUACCAACUGAUCAAAGCUAUCCACUGGUGCCACAAGAAUGACAUUGUCCACAGAGAUAUAAAGCCUGAAAAUCUCUUAAUCAGCCACAAUGAUGUCCUGAAACUAUGCGACUUUGGUUUUGCUCGGAAUCUCUCAGAGGGUAAUAAUGCUAAUUACACAGAGUAUGUGGCUACAAGGUGGUACAGAUCCCCAGAACUGCUACUCGGAGCCCCCUAUGGAAAGUCAGUGGACAUGUGGUCAGUGGGCUGUAUUCUUGGAGAACUUAGUGAUGGACAGCCCCUAUUUCCUGGAGAAAGUGAAAUUGACCAACUCUUUACUAUUCAGAAGGUGCUAGGACCACUUCCAUCUGAGCAGAUGAAACUCUUCUAUAGUAAUCCUCGUUUCCAUGGGCUCCGGUUUCCAGCUGUUAACCAUCCUCAGUCGUUAGAGAGAAGAUACCUUGGAAUUUUAAAUAGUGUUUUACUUGACCUAAUGAAGAAUUUACUGAAGUUGGACCCAGCUGACAGAUACUUGACAGAGCAGUGUUUGAAUCACCCUACAUUUCAGACCCAGAGACUUUUGGACCGUUCUCCUUCAAGGUCAGCAAAAAGGAAACCUUAUCAUGUGGAAAGCAGCACACUGUCUAAUAGGAACCAAUCCACCAAGGGUGCUGCUUUACAGACUCACCACAGAUCCAACAGCAAGGACAUUCAGAACUUAAGUGUUGGUCUGCCCAGGGCUGAGGAAGGCCUGCCUGCAAAUGAAAGCUUCCUAAAUGGAAACCUUGCUGGAGCAACUCUCAGUCCAAUGCACACCAAAACCUACCAAGCAAGUACCCAGUCUGGGUCUUCCAGCAAAGAUCUCACAAACAACAACAUACCACACCUUCUCAGUCCAAAAGAAGCCAAGUCCAAAACAGAAUUUGACUUCAAUAUUGACCCAAAGCCUUCAGAAGGUCCAGGCACAAAGUACCUCAAGUCCAGCACCAGAUCUCAGCAGAACAGGCACUCAUUCAUGGAAAGCUCCCAGAGCAAAGCUGGGACCCUGCAGCCUAGUGAGAAGCAGAGUCGGCACAGCUAUAUUGACACCAUCCCCCAGUCCUCCAGGAGUCCAUCCUACAGGACAAAGGCCAAAAGCCAUGGGGCGUUGAGUGACUCCAAGUCUGUGAGCAACCUUUCAGAAGCCAGAGCCCAAAUCACAGAGACUAAUACCAGUAGAUACUUCCCAUCCAGUUGUUUGGACUUGAACUCUCCUACCAGUCCAACCCCCACUAGACACACAGAUACGAGAACUUUGCUCAGCCCUUCUGGUAGAAAUAAUCGAAAUGACGGCACUCUGGACUCACGGCGAACCACCACCAGACACUCAAAAACUAUGGAGGAGUUGAAGCUGCCUGAACACAUGGAUAGCAGCCAUUCGCAUUCGCUGUCUGCACCUCAUGAAUCAUUUUCUUACGGGCUAGGCUACACCAGCCCCUUCUCCUCUCAGCAGCGUCCUCACAGGCAUUCCAUGUAUGUGACCCGGGACAAAGUGAGAGCUAAAGGCCUUGAUGGAAGCUUGAGCAUAGGGCAAGGGAUGGCAGCCAGAGCCAACAGCUUGCAGCUCUUAUCACCCCAGCCUGGAGAACAGCUCCCUCCAGAGAUGACUGUGGCAAGACCUUCUGUUAAAGAGUCCUCCCGAGAAGGCACUUCUUCAUUCCACACCCGUCAGAAGUCUGAGGGGGGAGUAUACCAUGACCCACACUCUGACGAUGGCACAGCUCCCAAGGAAAAUCGGCAUCUGUACAAUGACCCUGUUCCGAGGAGAGUUGGUAGCUUUUAUAGAGUGCCAUCUCCACGACCAGACAAUUCUUUCCAUGAAAAUAAUGUGUCCACUCGAGUUUCUUCUCUGCCAUCUGAUAGCAGUUCUGGCACAAAUCAUUCAAAAAGACAACCAGGAUUUGACCCAUGGAAAAGUCCUGAAAACAUUAGUCAUUCUGAUCAACUCAAAGAAAAGGAGAAGCAAGGUUUUUUCAGGUCAAUGAAAAAGAAAAAGAAGAAAACUCAAACAGUGCCCAACACUGAUGGUCCUGAUCUAUUGACCUUACAGAAAGCCAUUCAUUCUUCUAGCACUGCAAGCAGCAGACCAAAGGAGUGGCGACCUGAGAAGCUCUCAGAUCUACAGACCCAGCAUGAGAAACAUGGUGAAGACAGAAUGCCGCCAGAUCAAAGGAGCCCUGACCAUCAGAGCCAACCACUAAAAUCCCUUCGCAAGCUGUUGCAUCUGUCUUCAUCAACCAAUCACCCAACUUCUUCAGAUCCUCGGUUCCAGCCCUUAACAACUCAACAAGCCAAAAAUUCCUUCUCAGAAAUUCGGAUUCACCCUCUGAGUCAGGCCUCUGGUGGGAGCAGCAACAUCCGGCAGGAGCCUACACCAAAAGGCAGACCAGCCCUUCAGUUGCCAGGUCAGAUGGAUCCUGGUUGGCACGUGUCCUCUGUGACCAGGAGUGCCACAGAGGGGCCUUCCUAUUCUGAACAGCUGGGUGCCAAGAGUGGGCCAAAUGGGCACCCUUAUAACAGAACAAAUCGCUCACGAAUGCCAAAUCUGAAUGAUUUAAAAGAGACAGCCUUGUAAUUUAUGCUGGGAUGGAGGGUAUUAUGUUGCAGGGCGGGGGGUGGGGGGGCAAGCCAGUUGGGAAGGGAGGGUUCAGGGUGGGCUGGGAAAUGGGUUGGGCCAGGGUAAUAAGCCAGUAUUUUCAGCUUUAUGAAGGUGUGUGCAAUAUUGUGUGUGAGGGGGGCCAUCUGGCUCCUCGCAGCCACAAAUGCUAGUCAGGGAUCUUAGAGCCACGGGAGUUCCUUAGGGAUCACCACUCCCCACAGGUCUUGUGUGAGAAUGGAUAGAGUGUGCCAUUGAGGAAGAAGAAAUUCUUGCCAGUUUCUCCCCAUUACAUUCCAGCUUUAGUGCAAUCUCUGUUGAACUUGGGGAAGCCAGGGUGUGUCCUGGAUGUGAGGGAUAGAAGAAUUCAUGUUGACCGAUGCCCUUACCACAUAUUUUUUUCUGACUAGACUAAAUGUGGGGUUUAUUGUAAUCUAGGAGUAUCCCUUUGAAGGGUUAGCAGAUGAACUGUAUUGUAUGUCUUAAAUUGUUUUCUAAGCUUCCAUAUUUGAUAGGAUUUGUAACAUUUAUUUAUAAUUAAUAUUGUACUGUUAUAAUCAUACCUUUUAUGUUAUAAUGUAAAGUUAUUUUGAGCUGUUUGGAACAUUGUGAAGCAGUGGGACAGCUACAGUAGUUUCUAUAAAAACUAAACAGUAACAUUUAUAUAUUGCAUCAGGAGUAUUUUAUUCUAUAUAAAUAUAAAUAUAUAUGGUAAAUAACUGUCUGUUUUAUAAAUAUAUUCAUUUAAAGAAAGUAUCGUUAUGACACUAUCUGCCAUAUUUUUAUACAUUUGUGAUAUGAAGUGAGUAUUAUACUUAUAAUAAAGGGAGUUGAAUUGUGGCUACAUGUGAUUGUAACAGUAUAAACUUUGCUGAACUUUUUGGCCACAGCAGUAGCCUCUAGACAUGAUCCUUGGUAGCAGACAAAUACAGCAUCUCUUUCCAGGCCCACAGGAGAAGAAAGUUGGAUAAGCCAGUAAGGAGCCCAACAGGCCUCAUUUCUGUUCUCAGACACUUGGCUCUCAUUUGUGUCCAGGGACAUUAACUGGCACAGGAGAGAAUAGACAGAAGUGGUGUGCAUGGGUCUUUAUAGAGAAUGUGCUCUUCCACUUAGCAUUAGUGUUAGAGUAUAGACCAAAGAUUUGCAAGUGAACAUUCCUUGUUGUGAGAUUGUAAGAGGCACCUGUCUGCGGAUCUUGCAAACCAGCUCUCUGCUCCUGAAUGCUGUCCACCCUCCUGGAGACUCUUGCCUUCAGGUGGGAUCUCAGCUACGUGAAUGGCAUUUCUUCUUCUAACUGCUUUGUUGUUGUUGUUGUUGUUGUUGUUGUUGUUGUUGCUCUUCUAAUAUAUUUAUAAGGCUCCUGAAGCAAUUCCAGAUGUAGAGAAAAUUGCUAUGUCCUUUUUUCCUUCCUGGGACUGUCCAUUUAUAACAAGGUCAUCAUGUACACCUGUAUAUACAUACACUCCAUCCAUCAGAACAGGACUACAUCCUUCUCUCAUUAGAUCACUCUCAACUCCCAAGUUACUAUCAAGUAUCAUCAAGUAUUAUAAGGCCUCUGGCCAGCAAGCAUUAUACCCACCUGUCUCUGGACCAUCUUUGACAUAAAACAAAAACAAAAACAAAACAACAAAAAAAAAACAAACAAAAAACUCAAACACCUCAUCAUCUAUCAAUAGUCAUAGAGUUUUGAAAGUAGUCUCUUAGCAAUAAGACUUUUAGAGAUCACUCCCAUCCCUCAAAGAGGUAACUUUUCAGAAUUUACUACUUAUUCCAGAAUUCUGAGAGUGUCAGUCCCCAAAUAAAGUCAGCUAUCACUGAAAUAUGCUGAGUAACUGUUAACCCUUCCCUGAGAUUUUGAGAAUCAUAGCACUGAUGAUUAUGAAGAUUAUAAAGGUAUUAGAUUCUUUGAAGCUUAAAUUGUGUGCAUAUUGCCUAUUUAUAUAAAUACUAUUAAUGAUGUAUAUUGAUUAUAUAUAGAGGUCAUUUUAAGGUGCUUUUUAUUUAAUUUUAAUAAGUAUAAUAGGCACUAAAAUGAAACUCAACUGGGUACUAUCAUGGAAACAAUUUGAUUCAUUUUGCAUGCUCUUGAGUUCUUUUUCUAUCUCGUUUCUGUUACCAGUUCAGUACUGUCUGAGUAGCUCUGAAUUCUGGCUUUUUCCAGGCAAACUCUUCAGUUAUCCAAGUGAGGUAGACCCUCAGGAGUUUUUGCCUGGAUAUAGUGACACUAAAAAGGUGUAUAUUUAACUCUUUUUUUCAUACUAGAUCUGUACCUUUGUAUCCCCUGCCCCGCUGCCCCCUGCAAACCAGAAACUACAUUUUGUUUCCUCUGGAAAGACUUCUCACUGUGCUGUGUGCUUAGGAACUGCGAGGUCCCAUUGCCAUGCUGUGGCAUUCGUGGCUCGUCAUCACCAAGGGGCUGGUUUCCCAUGUUGUCAUCUUUGCUAACACUGGGAUCUCAGAUAUUUGCCGAACAUUUAUACUCAUGAUGGUUCUUUAAAGAAGGGCUAGAACAAUUGCCUUCUACCUAGAGCAAACUAAUCCUAACUGAUGAAGUCAACACUUAACUUUUCCUACAUUCCCAGAUUUGAGCCAGAAAAUAGCUACAAUGUUUUCAACUAGUGUUUCUGAGCUAGCUCUUUUAUCCUCUUCUUAGCUCUUGUCGGUUCCCACUUUCCCUUGAUCCUCAAUAAGCUAUAAGUGAAUCUACAAUCCCAUCCAUUCUCUUCCUGCUCACAGAUGGGGGCAGUAACAUUUUCUCUCAGAUCUAAUGAGCCCUCUCUUAGCUUUUAACUGUCACUUCCCCUUCUGAUUGAUUGGUCAUUCAAUGGCCUCAAAAAGAUGUCAUCCACGGCAGGAAGGAGUUGACUGAAAGUCACAAAACCCCCACAUUUUUUAGGAGGGGGGAUUUGAUGAUAUCCAUGUUCUGUUAUCUGUGCUGAGAUCCUAAAGGACACAAAGGUUGAAUUGAAGGCUUAUGAAGUACUUUGUGUUAGGAAGCUAUUGCUGAUCACCUUUCAAAAAGAACCUUGCUUUCACUGUCUCUCUAAUUUGACUUCUCUAUUAUCUUUUUCUUUUCUGAAGUUCUAAGUAAACUUUAACUGCUCUUUGUUCAGUCUUAACUGAAGUGUAGGACUCUCUCCAGAGCUCAAGACCAGAAGAGAGUGCCCGAUGCCAAGAGGUUCAAGUGAGCUAUCUCUACAGCAGCACUUCUCAGCCAAGGGCAGUUUUUUGUCCACCCGGGCACAUUUGACAAUGUCUGGAGACAUUUGGGUGUCAUGGGCUGCUCCCAGCAUCCAAUGGGUAGAGGCCAGGGAUGUUGCUAGGCAUCCUCCAGAGUGUUUCGGCCUGUUACUAGUACCAAGGUUAAGAAGUCCUACCUGAGACCAUUCCAAGCCAACCACUCUGCAGAAUUUGCCUCUGGCCUUGGCCUUUCCAGGCUACAUAACUGCAAGAGUGAAUUCCUCAACAUUGUAUUCUCUUUAAGAAUCCUCUACCACUGUUCUCAAAUCCUUGCAAUCCUGUUGUUCGUUUCCAUUGUCUUGGACCUGCUAAAAGGUGCAUACUUUGGGAGGAAACCAGAGUUACUUUAUAUAUGUUUGAGAACUUAAAUUCUAGGUUAGCAUCCUUAGAAGAUCUUUCUUAGCCAUGAGACAUAUAUUUAGAAGCAAGCAGCAGCCUGGCAGAUUGGCAUGAGUUUUACCAACUGCUCAAAGGCAUCAUGGCUUUCAGCUGUGUCUACUGAAAGAAAAUGUCUUUGUUUUUUUUUUAUUCAAGUCGUUUAAUAGCUCUUUAAAAAUAUUAGCAUAUGGCAGACUGAUUAGAAGCAAAACUCUUUCUUGGUGGUUGUGAUGUGGCUAUUUUAGAAGUAUUGUGCUGUAUGCUUUGGUUAAAUCUGUUUUAAAACAUGCUUUAAGACUCACCAUAUGCAGUUGUAUACUUUAAUUCUAAGCAGACCUAUGCUGGUCAGUCUCUAGUCAUGCUGUGUAUUAUAAAAGUAUGUUGUGGUUGUAGAGUUAGCCAGUUUAGCAUGUUCCUAAUCAGAAAAUUAGUGGACUCCACUAGGAAAUGCUAUCCCAUUUUCCCUUCCCAGUACCUCUUAGUUCAUAUCAUAGUAUCCUCACUUAAACUAGUCUUUAGAGUAAAUAAGGAAAAAAAGCCAUUUAUUUUCUUCUAGCCAUUUAUUGAGAGUAACUCAUGUGUAUAAUUUUUUCAAAGGCCAGAGGAUUACUUUUCCAGUAUGUAGAAGGCUGUGUCCAUUCUGUUCAUCUAGGUUUCAGUGAUCACAGAACUUUUGGCAAGGACGAUAAGUAGCUCAUUGGAAGUCACUGCUGGAACUCAGCUAGGAUUCAGCAAAACUGCAUAUCUCUUGUGCUCAGAAUCUGUGUUCUGGAUGACAUUGCUUUUUCACUUGAAAGUUCAUUGCCUAAUGCAUUAGAGUGGGCUGUUGAACCCCACUUUGUGGGUACGUACAAAGAUCCACAGAUUCCUACUUCUGUGAACUGGGACUAUGGUAGGUUUCACUACUCCAAGUCAGAAAGUAGUGGGAUAUUUAUUUCCUUGCCUCCUUUAGUUCAUCACUAGUAAAAGUUCCUUAAAACUCACUUAGGGCUUAAGAAAUAAUAGUUCUGGUUUCUUUAAAAGAGAUUGUAGACAAGACAGUACAAAUGUCACUAAUCCUCAGGACUGGAAUCUUAGAAGGGCCCUACUAAAUUAUAAAGGGCCAGAUUACCAGAAAAAUAAAACAGACAAACAAAUCCACACUUGUAAAUGGUUGUGGUUUCCUCUUUUGCUUCUUGACCAGCUGAAGUCUAGAAUAUCUUAAGGGUCUGGUUGAACUGAUUAAAAUAAAGUCAAUCUUAGAAACCAUGAAUGCGGAGCCAUGCAUGAAAAGGAAAGCCCUUAUCUCUAUACACUGGAAGGGAAAAGCCGAGCGACUAGGAAACUCUGGGCCUAUUGCCCAUGUGGUUCUUUUUUCUUUCUUUCUUUCUUUUUUUUUAAAAAAUUCAAUGUACUAUACAAGAUGGUAGACUUUGUGCAAACCAGUUUCUUACAUAAACCAUCAUUGCCCACAGUGCUUUGUUCAUUCAUCAUCAUUUGGCCUGGUCCCUACUCCACUUUUUUUCCUCUCUGGGCAUGACCCAUCUUUCUUUCUAUUUACUGUAGGCUGUUAAAUACGAUCCUGACCUGCCUUGUAUUUUCAUUCAACUGUUUGCUCCUACAUUUAAAGGAGGGUUGUCUCUUGUUUUGCCAGAAAAAUAAAUAAAUAAAACUGUCAUAGUCUGUACGCUGGAUUUGUAGGGCCAGCAGAAUUGCUGGAGUGAAACUGGUUUCACUUCUAAGGCCCUUCCUUUCUCACAAAGGUAAGCUCUCUACACCCCCUUUGAUCCUCGGUCCAAUUGGUCCUCCUUGGGAAUCUGAAAUCAGUCUCCGUGUUGUAUGCAGAUUAGAAGUUGCCUUGUUUGCUGCUCUUCCCAGGCAGAGUAUCAGGGAGAAAGAGGCCUUAUCUGUCCCUUCGUGUCCCCUCCUGUUUGGCAGACCUGCUGAGAAUCCCUCAGGACUUCCUUUGGUUGGGGAUUUCCCUUCCCAGAAGGCUGAUGUGAUUCAUUUCAGGCAUAGACAAGCUUGUCCUAGUGCUGUGCUUCAGGUCUAAUAAGAAGAAACCCAGGAAUCGAAAAGGUAGAUGCCUUGACUUUUGUCCCUGUUGGGGGAUUAAAGUGUUUAUUGCCAGAAUCAUCAAAAGCUCUGGUUAAACUCAGUAGAGUUUCAGAGAAAGACUAUGCUUUUCCUUGUGGAGAAUGUAUACUUUCCACACUGGCUUCCUUUUUUCCAAAAGUGGAAAGUAAAGCUUACAGGAAAUCCAUUUUCCCCCUGGAUGAUCAGUGGGUUCUAGUCACCAGUCUCUCUCCCUCUCCUUGUUUACUCUUUUUGGUCAGUGAUGGAGUUGGGCUGGGAGAGGAGCAGGCUAUAUGGUGAUAGGAAGAAGUAGAUUCUCACUGUAAACUUGCAUUGAUGAACAGAGACAAUUAAGCCAAACAAAACAGUUACCCCAGAGUUCGAGCUCCAAGAAUUGCUUUGUGCCACUCUGAAUUCAGGUCGUUAUUCUGUAUAUAUUUAGAUAAUUCUCAGAGUGUCUUCAGUCUUUACUAAGUUUGAAGGGUGUGAUAUUCUGGGAAGACACAGGGCAGGGUGACACUGAGACCCCCUGUUCAUUCUUAAAAACAAAAAUAGGGAUAAGCCAGAGGGAUAUGCCAUCCGAUGUGUGGUAGAUGAAAAUCAGUGGACAUUCUUAAUUGCAUAGACUUUAUAAUCUACUAUAUAAAGUGUAAUCCAUACUUUUUACUGUGGCAAGGCUGUGAUGUGGUUGUUAAUCUUUUUAAUUUUUGAAUCCAAACUGAAUUUAAAGUGUUGAAUACUUAUAAUUCCUCACAAGCUAAUUAUGAACCAUUUGUAAAGUGUUUCUAUAACUCUUUGUAUCAUGUGUUGGUACAUCUUAUCAAGUUUUUUCUGGCAUGUAUUCCAUUCUAAACUUCUGUAAAAUUUCUAUUGUUGCUGUACAUAUUCUACAAAUAUCUACUCUGUGGUAACCUUCAUUAACAGCAUGAAAUGGUUAAUUUUUACUGAGCACAAUGUAUUUUUGAAUGGAUCUUCCCACAUGUCUUUAAUAAAAUGCAGAUUUUGCACUGAUUGAUGUGA